AUGAACCAACCUUUCGAAACUUUACUGCUUAAUCUUCAAGAGUAUUAUGACUCCCCAACGCUGUCCGAUGGCACUAUAAAAUGUGCCGGAAAGGAGUUUCGAAUCCAUAAAAUUGUGCUCUCUGCCCAAUCGAAGUUUUUCUCGAAUGCUUUCCAAGGGAAGUGGAAGGAGUCAGUGGAGGGAAUCGUCCCUCUAAAUGAUGACGAUGUCUCCGCUGUCGAAGCGAUGCUUCGGUUCUUGUACUCAUUUGACUAUGAUGCUGGCGGGAGCGUGGCCGAUGUUGCUUCACCGAUGGUAUUCAAAGUCAAAGUGUACAGCAUAGCAGACAAGUAUGAUAUUCCAGCGUUGAAGUCGGUUGCUAGCCAAAAAUUCAAGGAAUCGGUCAAAACCUGCUGGAACAUGGACGACUUCCCGCACGCUGUUGCGGAAGUAUAUAGCUCUACCCCACCAAACGACCAAGCGCUCCGAAAGCUGAUAGUCGAUGUCGCAUGCGAGCACAUUACAGAGCUCUUGCAGAAGCAGGGGUUUUGCGACAUAUUGGGAGAAACUGUUGGCUUCGCUUCAGAUUUAGUUCAGCUCCAGGCAGGCAAAAAGAGUUUGGAUAAAAAGCAGGACCGAACUAAGUACAGAUGUCCGAAUUCCUCCGAACAUUGGGAUGCUAUUACGUCUUCUAGAUCCAGCUAUCAUUGUCCUCAUUGUGGGAAUCACCGCUCUAACUGGAGGUCAUACAUUGUAGAUAACUAG